CAACAAUGGUUAUGAAAACCAAUGACUAUUGCAAACUUUUUAUUUGGAGUAUUAAGUUAUAUCUUAUGGCCGCAUUUAUAUGGCCUACACUAAGUAUUGCUGUAAAAACCAUUUCUCUUAUCAUACAAGUUUCGGUUUCAGCUUUUCUGUUUGUUGGUCUUAGUCUCUAUCUAUAUGAUCACAUUACAGAUUUUGAUAAGGCAACUAAUGUUAUGUGUAUGCUUAUGUUGGUUUUUAUGGGUGUGUAUAAAAUCGGUAUUUUAUGGUACAAUUCAAAUGAAUUUAAGUCUUUAUUCCAUACAAUAUUAACCGAGUUUUGGCCAUACGAUUUAAUUAACUUAGAAAGCAAACGAAAGAUUAAAAAUAUGUACCGUUUAAUGAAUGGAUUGGUAUGGCUGUUCUUUGCGGCUGGUUUCUCGUAUGAUUCAAUAUUCUUAAUUCCAUCAUUGUUUUCCACUAGAGGACUACCGUACGUCAUCGCAUAUCCUUUUAACUGGACAGUUAGUCCCUGGUAUGAAAUUAUUUACUGCACGCAGACCUUUGUUCAUGGAAUUACUAUAACAAUCAUCACUACUGGAGCUAAUUUUUUGGUCCUUGGUACAUUGUUAAACAUUAGCAGUCAGUACUGUAUUCUUCAAGAAUGCUUCGAAAUCUUUAAUACCCCUGAGAUGUACGCUACUAACAAGAAAUUAAGAAAUAUUAUGAAUGAUGGUUUGGAGAAUAAAUAUACUGACGAAAGAAAGGAAUAUUUUGUUAGGUGUGUUAGACACCAUCAGAUUAUUUUAAGAAUCACCAACCAGUUUAACAAUGCAAUGAAUCCUCUUGAGAUAUAUCAGUUAGCUGCAAGUAUUUUUGCUCUAUGUGUUGGUGCUCUUCGAUUUGCAAAUAUGGACUCUUUAGGUAACCUUGCAGAACAAGCAGUAAGUUUCUUAUAUUUAGUUGGGUUUUCAAUGCAGCUAUUUAUUGACUGUUUUUUUGGAACAUAUCUUAACCAUCAAGCAAGUCUCUUGCCCGAGGCUAUAUUUCACAGUAACUGGAAGACCUUGGACGAUGAAGAAUUGAGAAAAGAUUUUGUAUUUUUGUUACAAAAUUCGCAAAGAAUACCACAGUUUAAUGCUUAUAAAGUCUAUGAUAUGCAUAUGAUGUCAUUUAUUAAGGUCAUAAAAGUAGCAUUUUCAUUUUAUACCAUGUUAUCAAAACUAAAAUAAAAAUAGAAGGACAAGAAUAUGAAACGAAUAAGCACUUUUAGAUUCUUUAGUUACAUUUGUAAUUGGUGUUUAAUAAAAAUUGUUCAACUUUAUUAUAUUUUAUUUCA